ACCUACCCACUCCCUUCCCUCUCGCCGCCGCAGCCCGACGCUUCGCCGCAGCCAGAGGCCAUCCUCCACCCCCCGCUCCCCACUCCGGCCCAGAGCGCAGACCUCUAACCCGUGAGCGACACCGGAAUGUCGGCGAUGAUGGGGGCGCGGCUCGACCUGGCGCCCUUCCUCCUCUCCCCGUCGCCCUCGCCGCCCUCCUCCGCCCUCCGCCUCCGCCCCUCCACGCCCUCUUCGGCAGCGGCGAGGACCCGCUCGGUCGCCCCGAGGGCCGCCGCGGCGGCGACCGCCGUCUCCGCCAAGCCCGCGGCGGCCGCGCCGCUGUCCGCCGACCGCUCCGUCGUCCGCCUCGGCCUCCCCAGCAAGGGCCGCAUGGCCGAGCUAACCCUAAGCCUCCUCAAGAGUUGCCAGUUGUCGGUGAGGCAGCUCAACCCGCGGCAGUACACCGCCGACAUCCCGCAGGUUCCAAAUUUGGAGGUUUGGUUUCAGAGGCCCACGGAUAUUGUUCGUAAACUAUGUUCAGGGGAUCUUGAUCUUGGUAUUGUGGGUUAUGACAUAAUCAGUGAAUAUGCACAGGGCAAUGAUGAUCUUGUUAUUAUUCAUGAUGCUCUCGAUUUCGGACAUUGUCGCUUGUCCCUUGCGGUGCCGAAGGAAGGUAUUUUUGAUAGCAUCGAUACUCUAGAGGAUUUGUUAAAUAUGCCUCAGUGGACUGAAGAAAGACCAAUGCGGGUCGUUACAGGAUUUGGUUAUGUAGGUGCAAAGUUUUUGAAAGAAAAGGGUUUCAAGCAUGUUUCAUUUUUAGCUGGCGAUGGUGCUCUCGAGUCAUAUCCUGCUAUGGGUAUGGCUGACGCUAUUGUGGAUCUUGUGAGUAGUGGAACGACUUUGCGUGAGAAUAAUUUGAAGGAAAUUGAAGGUGGAGUAAUUUUGGAAAGCCAGGCAACACUUGUAGCAAGCAAGAAAUCUCUGAACAGACGUGAAGGUGUGUUAGAGAUUUCACAUGAGAUGCUUGAAAGAUUAGAGGCUCACCUCACAGCGUCUGGCAAGAUAAUGGUAACAGCAAAUAUGAGGGGCAAUAGUGCAGAAGAAGUGGCUGAGAGAGUUCUCAGCCAAACAUCAUUAUGUGGAUUACAGGGCCCAACUAUAAGUCCAGUGUAUUGCACGCUUGAUGGAAAUGUUGCCGUGGACUACUAUGCUAUUAAUGUAGUAGUUCCCCAAAAGUCGCUUUACAAGUCCAUUCAACAACUGAGAUCUAUUGGUGGUAGCGGAGUCUUGGUGUCGAAACUGACCUACAUAUUUGACGAGGAGACUCCUAGGUGGCGCAAACUUUUGUCGGAGCUGGGAAUGUGAGAUUUGCUGCAAGGUUGGCCAUGCUCUCUUCUAGAAUGGACCGUCUCUGUGAGCACCUGAAUUUAUGCUCGCUGUAGUGUGUACAUCAUAUAAUAGAAGCGUUCCGAGUUCGAAAAAGACGUAUGCAAAGUGAACUCCCAUGUGGACUGCCUGAGGAGAUUUCGAUAUCUACCGCCGGAUAUUGUGCUCAGCUAAUGUAUUCCCUGACAGGCAGACGGUUGGUUUAUCCCUUUUAUGCGCCACCAGUUGAUAGAGUUGGGGGUCCGGGAUGUUGGGUGUCUGUUGUUUGUGUGUGCCGGAUCUUGCACCUUUUGUUGGUGCGGCCCUGAAUAAUUGGGGCUACCUGAUAUGAUAAUAAUAAUGAAUCCCAUUGUGGUCU